AUGUACUGGCCCUACCAACUCCCUACUAGCCUACAGUGUACACUCCACAUAUUAUUAAUAUUGUUAAAUAUGGCUACAGAAGUCCAGUAUAAAGCUGAAUUAGUCAAUGGUAAACCUGUGUUAUACCGUAGAACUAACUUUGAAGGUCCCUGGGACGACAUUACACACACUCUAUAUAACGUAGAUCACCUAGAGUUAUAUGAUUUAGAUAUCAAGUUAACUAGUGUAUCACAGUGUGCAACAAAGUUAUCUGGUCUUAUUUUCAGGAUAUUCCUGAAUCUCCUGUGCUACCACAUCAAGUACGGUGACAGGUUAUUGUGGUCCUACUGUGCAGAUCCUUUUCAUGGAUUACCAAUUCAAAUCCUAUUCAAUCUCAAGAGAAAUACUAUGACUUUAGUGUUUAGUGGUAAUAGAUUAAAAAGUUUGAGUAUGGAGGGAUAUGAGCAUACUGACUGGGUGAAGCCUGGGAAACCACUUACCAGAUUCAAGACUGAACGAGUAAUAUCUCAUAAGGGGAAAUUAGUACAGUUGUUUGGCGAGAAUAACCCGUGUUUGGGAGUGAAAGUUCAGUUUAGAACUUUCUGGUUACAUAAAGAAGGAGAGCCACUUCCAAUCUCAGCCUUCAUCGACAAUGAAACCUACACUCUCCUCCCUCUCGGGGUACUAUUUCCACAGUUAUUUAGCCCUGGAACUUAG